UCGGCCAACCUGCGCUCAGUUAACCGGAAGCGUCAAACAGUCCAGAACAUCACAGACGUCGACUGGGAGAUUGAGUAAUGUAAGAUUAAGAGCGGCUCGUAUGACUGCACUUCAAGUCCCAUGAUGCACCUGCGGUGCUCACUUCGACACGAACGGCGAGCCAGUAAGCAGCAGGUAAACAAACCCAUCUCGCUGGGAAGGAGCCAAACGAACCGUAGGCUAUGCGCUGUUUUACCGUCUUGCAUGUUUUAUGGUGAGGAGGAUGAAGAAGAGACACGUCUGCUGUCGGCAAUUCAUUUCAACAACAAAAUCGCUGACGAGCGAGGCGACGGCAAACGGAAGGACGAGUUUAACCUACAACGACUGUCGCUACUGGGACGUCUGCGCAUGAUGCAUUGCACCACUUUUGGGGAAAUGGGAGUUAUGCUCGUUCUCAGAACAGAGCACAUUAUCAGAGUUGACGGUUGUGUCCUUUAGCUGCCGUGUCAUUUGAUUGUGCUGGAUUAUUACGGAACAACAUCCCCUCUGGCGACCUGCAACAUGGGGCCCAUCAUGCAGGAGCGCACAGCAUCCACGGCACUGAAACGCGUCGUCUCCAAAGAAAAGAUUCGGGUGAAAUAUACUGAGAACAACGGACCUGUAACCAGUUCCAAGAAAAGUAACAAGAUGAAGAAAGCAGCGGGCCAGAUGAGAAAUGGCCUCCCAGGAACAGGUCAGGAUAAGGACACAGUGACAACAGUGCAGAAGGGUGCACAGUCAAAAGGUGGCAGGAUCAAAUCUGGCACAACACGCAAUACAAGCAAACUCUCCAGCCCUGAAGAAGGAGAUUUGAGACCUCAAGUCCGGAAACAUUUAUCUGUGCACAGGAAAGAGGAGCAACUGGAAAAUCAACAGAUAUCACAGUGCAGCAACUUGCUCCACCAGAAUCGUGGGGGGAUGGGGAAAAAUCGGCGAGCUCUCUCCCUGCCUCUCUCCCCAAUAUCAGGACUACGACACAUGCCAGCACACCCCCUGACACACUCUCCAGCCCUCACCCCAGAGGUACUGCAGCGGCACUACAACCAAAAGGAUAUAGACACUGACAGUGCCAGUGAUCUGUCAGAUUCUGAGAGGCUGCCUGUACUGCCCUCUCCCUGUACCCCUUGCACCCCUCCUCACCUCAACCUCAGGGCCGAGGUCAUCAACACUAAUGACUUUCCCCCGGACUUCCCUGGACCUCAUGGGGCUGUGGAUGAUGAAGAUGAGAGUGAAAAACCCAGCUACAGUUACCCCGACUUUCUGCCUCCUCCCUUCAACACUUGGAGCCUGAGACAGCUGGCAGUGUUUCUCCAUACGGAGGGCCGUGGUGCCCCCCGGCCCAAGCCUGUAGGGCACCUAGAGAAGUACCUGGAGAGGCUGCUGCAGCUGGAGUGGCUCCAGAUCCAAACAGUGCAAGCAGAUAGCAGUCGUCCGCCCGGGAGCCGUACAAAGCCUCAGGGCUUCCCCUCUGCCACCACUGCUCACCAACCGAGGCCUCACACAGCUCCGCCAUCCCGACUCAACUCCCCGAAAGGGCAGCGGCACAGCCAGAGAGCCUUCCCAUUUUCACCUGUUAAUAACCCCCCAUCACCCGCCUCAGUCCAGCAAACGCAUUCCCGCUUUCCAGUUUGCCCUCACUGUCACAUUCGCUACCCAUUGUGCAAUGGAAGCUGCUCCGCCAAUGCCUACCAGCGCCACUCAAGGCUCAGCCCACUGCUCGAGCAUAGAGCCAGGCCUGGAGCACCAGCGAAGAGGAGUAGCAGCGAGACCCGAGCAACCUCAACAGAAGGAAGGAGCUCCGGAGGACACAGUGGAGGACAAGGCGGAGGAGGAGCCCAGACCCCAGUUAGCCCCUCUGCUGGAAAAAGUCAUCUCAGACACAUGCAGGCUUCAGGCAAUACCCGUAAGCUAACCCAGGAGUCUGAAACUAAGCCAAACGGUCAAGGUCAGGUCAGGAAAAGCCGCGUUCGAGCUAACUCUGAGACCGAUAUUAAAAAAGAGUCUUGUGGCAGUAAAACGGCCGGGGCAGAGAAACGUGUUUUUGCUGCAAGUAAAAGAGAGGUCAUCACCUCUAAGAGAGUAGAGAAGGACUGGCAGAGGAUAGAAGCCGUCGCUCCAGCCUCUAAAACGGCCAUGAAAAGAGCUGCUAAAGAGCCACAGUCUCUCUUCAAAGCGCCGCCUAUCAGUAAGCAGAAUGGCAAAACUAAAAAUGUGCACUUUGUUGCAAAGUAACAGCUAUAAACCUACAGUAGUGCAAUACUGAUUGGUUACUUGGUACGGGAACUUGAAGCUAUGCCUGCUUUCUGUGUAAUCUGUGUAAUACUAACAUGCUGUAACUGUUGAACAACAGUGUGAAUCAGUCAGUGAUGGACAGCCUUCUAUCGGGCAAAACUAACAAGAAGCUGUGCAGCUAGAAUAGAGAUAAAACAGCAACGAUCGCAAAGCAAAAUAUGAAACUUGCAUCGAACAGAAUUAUAUAAACUGUAUUUCAUUCAAAAUGCACAGUAAGUAUACAAUCAUAAUUUUAGAUUGUGUUUUGACAGAAGGCUGAUUAUGAUCCAAAGCACUACUAUGAUAUUAAAAAACAGCUUUUAUGUAAAUUGAAUUCAGCUGCACUGCAGAUCAUCAACUCGCAGUAUACUACUAAUGUAGAAAAUUGACAUCAACUAAGAAUCUACUCUACUAUUGGACAGCUUUCAGCACAAGUAAUCUACAGUGAAGUUUACCACAGAUCAUUACAUUACAACGACGACCAUAGCUGUUACAAGUUUGUGAUGUUGGAAUAUAUUUAUUUUCAAUCCUUUUUCUUGACUUGAUGUUGUAUUUUAUAUUAUAUUUGGCGCCUCAUGUUAAAUUACAUGUUUAAUUAAAGCAUCUUUGGCUGAAAGAGAGGCACAGCGAGUGGUGGUGUACCGCAGUGAUGUAAUUUGUCUCGGUCCUAUUUGUGCAUUGGUUUAACAUGUUUGGUACAAGGGCUUUUCAUGUUUGACCAGCUUGAAUUGUAGUCUAUUGAUAUUGAUUGAUAUUGAUCUAUAUGAUAUUAUACUGUAUUUUGCAUAGAGCUGAGCGCUUUCUAUAAUUGAAGACGGCGUAAUGUUUGCUACGAAUGUAAAUGCAUAUUUUUCCAAAUUUUAUAUACCAUAGUUAUAUUUAUGAAAAGUGUUGUGGAUGACUUAUUCAUCAUUGUCAUUAUUUUGUUUACAUUGUCAUGCGUAAAAAGAAAAUAUUUAGUCAAAAAGAUGGAUGUAACGGGAUUGAUCAUCCCUAAUUCAAAUGAUUUUGAUACACCAUCGCUGUUAUGCUGUAACAUGGUAAUGUUAUACAUAUCACGUCCAUAUCACACUGCAUACUUGAAGUCUAGAACACUGUGUUUACAUUUGUGUCUCAUGUUUGUUGUGAUUUACCAUGUGCACUGGAUUCAUGUCAACACUACAUCAAUGUACAAAAUGUGAUAUACAUUGAGAUUGUACCGCUUUACUUAAACUCAUGUAAAGUAUUAAAGCCAUACAUAAGGGGCCAGGAGGGGCGAUAUUAAUAAAUGUGUACAUUAUGUUGACAAUGCACGCAGAAAGAUUGUGGUAUGUCUUUUCUCAAUGUUGAAUGCAAGUAUUUGUAAGGCAUAGAAAUAAAUGUUUUGCACUCGA